AUGAACGCCCUCCAAGAUGUCCCCUUUAAGGUGCCCAGGGGCUUGGUCAUGGCCCCUGAGCCCCUCCCCAGGCCGGAACCCAGCCUCCCAGCCUGCAGGGAGCUUCUGCUGGGCACUCUGCACGACUUCAGCCUGGAGAGGAGCGCGCUGUGCUGGGUGGAGGCCUUGGUCCCCGGGCCCUGCGCGCGUCCCCUCGACGGCUCGGCCGCCGCGUCCGCCCCUCCCGCCUGGCUGGUGCUGCUCAGCCCCGCGGGCCCCGAGGAAGAGGACAAGGAAGACGCCCAGGCUGGCAUCGCCACCCGGCCGGGUCCUGGCUGCCCUCCGCCCCGCGUCCCAGGCCCUGGCGAGCGGUGGCGGCACUCGGAGCGUUGGACGGACGCCGGGCGGCCCCGCGCGCUCAGCCUCUGUCCGGGCCUGGAGAUCCCCCGCCGCCCCGCAACACCCCCAAGGCCUUCCACGGCCGGUGCCGCCCGCCCGCUGCGGAGCCCCCCGCCCACGCCCGCGUUUCUCGGCUACCUCAGGGCCUGUGAGCGCCUUCGGCAGCAGGGCUACGAGCGGAGCCUGGUAGAGGAGGCCAUGGAGAUGUCCCAGUUCUCUGAACGUCAGGCCCGGGAGUUGCUGCGUCUCUGGGAGCAGUUCAGCGACAUGGGAUUCCAGCAGGACCGCAUCCGGGAGGUGCUGCUGGUCCACGGGCCCUGCCGUGAGCGUGCCCUGGAGGAGCUGGUGUCCUGCGUACCCUGA